CGUCAGUCAUCAGGAUUUCCUCGACAAUUAAAAAUUAUAAAAAUUCCUCUAACUCUGUAUUCCUACCGCAGAUACGAAAAAAAAGUAUUUUCAUAGAAAAAAAAAACAAUAUCACACCACCAAGUUUCCAGCUCGUCCACGAGUUAUAAACAACCGAGAAUUGCGCAAAAACCAUAACGUAGUUGAGUGUACGCGGUGGAGCGCCUUAUCAAUCCGUAUUAGUAAAAGCUGACGUUCAUUUAUCAGUUGAAUUUAGUCGAUCAUCCGCGUCUCUAGUCGAGCCUUCAGUGUCAUUUUUUUAUAUGCAACAGUGAAAGAUAUGUCUGGAGAACGGGGGAAUACCUGGGACUCAUGGAAAAUCCAGCGACGUCUUUACCCAAACGGUUAAACUCAUCUGGCCAAAACACUCGGACAGUCUGACAUCGGUCUUUCAUUACUCAAGUGCCCUCCUCACUGGGUAGUGGGUAAUGAGUGCUCAGUGAUUAGGAUUACUCUGUGAAUUUCCCUUUUUAUUUUACCUUCAGUUAUACCGGCAGUGUCCAAAUUAAAAUCAUGAUCAAGUGGAGAAUUCUAAGUUUAUCAGUCAUUGCUCUCAAUUUUUUCACAGAGGCCUCAAUACUCAUUAACAUUGACAACGAGCAUUUGGACAUGGAGAACGAAAAAUACGUCGACAUGAUGAGUCAUCCGUGUCGUCGUCCCUGCAAGGACAAUUCACCCCCGAUGAUCUGUCAGUAUUCCUUCCAAGUGGAGCAUUACUCUACAAUGAGUAAAUCAUGCUGGGAUUGUCCGAAAAAUCUCACCCACUGUUUCCUACCCCAAUGCAUUCCAGCUGAUGGCUUCAGACGAUCAAUCACAGUUGUAAAUCGUCAGUUACCGGGGCCCGGUAUCGAGAUUUGCCAAGGAGAUAGACUCAUCGUCGACGUAAUAAACAGCCUGACAACCGAGAGUACAUCAAUGCAUUGGCAUGGACAGCAUCACCGUGCAUCACCAUACAUGGAUGGAGUACCAUACGUCACUCAGUGUCCAAUCCAUCCAGGAUCAACAUUCAGGUAUCACUACACAGCAGCAACAUCAGGAACUCAUCUCUGGCACUCUCACUCUGGUAUGCAAAGAGGUGACGGAGUAUUCGGAGCUCUGAUUGUUCGACCCCCAGAAAGCAGAGAUCAUCAUCGAGACCUGUACGACGUCGACGAGCACAUGAUUGUGGUUGUCGAUUGGGACCACAUUAUUGGGCAUGACAAAUUCCUAGACCAUCACCACGCAUUUGGGGACAACAAACCACCGAAUAUGCUCAUCAAUGGUUUUGGUCCAUACGACUCUAAUCACAUCGAUACGAAUAUUCCCCAGGGUAUGCCUUUCGCCGAUUUUACUGUAAAACAGGGGGAGAGACAUCGAUUUCGCCUGAUCAACGCCGGAUUCCUCAACUGUCCAAUCGAAAUAUCCAUGGACAAUCACACAAUGUAUAUAAUUAGCACUGACGGAAACGACAUAGACCCCGUGAAAGCGAGUUCUCUCGUCACUUACGCAGGUGAAAGGUUUGACUUCAUCGUCAGCAUGAACCAACGCGUCGAUAAUUACUGGAUUCGCUUCCGAGGUCUGAUGGAUUGUGACGAGAGGUUCAUGAAUGUUCGACAAAGAGCCAUCCUGAGGUACGAGGGAGCACCUAACGAAGAACCAAUGGAGAAUAAGUACUGGAUGAAUUUUGAACACGACAAGAACGAUAAUGACGAGCCUGCGAUGCAAGUGAACGGUUUGAACAAAGGAACCGAAUCAAGUGACACAGUAAGCAUUCCGUUAUUGAAAUCCCUAGAACCAGAUGACGAGAGCAAUCUACGAGAUCCAGAUCAGACCUUCUAUUUAGGAUAUGAUUUCUACAACAAGAGUAAUCUUCAUUACCAGGUUGAAGGACACCCACAGGUGCUUUUGACUCCUCAGAUAAACCACAUCUCUAUGAAAUUCCCGGAAUUUCCACUGUUACCCCAACGUGACUCAAUGACAACUGAAAAUUUCUGCAAUUCGUCAACAGUCGGUGACUGUAAAAACAAGUACUGUGAGUGCACUCAUGUAAUUCAAGUAGCCCUGGGAAAUGUGAUAGAGUUGGUGUUGGUGGACGAGGGUGUUGCAUUCGAUGCAAAUCAUCCGUUUCAUUUGCACGGCAAUUCAUUUCGAGUUGUGGCUAUGACUCGGGUUGGGAAAUUUGUGACUGUCGAUGAGAUCAAGGAAUUGGAUAGAAACGGAAGCAUUGUGAGACGAUUGGAGAGUGCACCUUUGAAGGACACUGUAACAGUACCUGAUGGAGGUUACACAAUUGUUCGAUUCUACGCUGAUAAUCCGGGAUAUUGGAUAUUCCACUGUCACAUUGACUUCCACGUGGAAAUUGGAAUGGCUCUAGUAUUUAAGGUAGGAAAUAAUGACGAGAUGCCGGCGGUACCCGUGGGAUUCCCCAGCUGUGGAAAUUACCAACCGAGGGAUCCCCCUGAGAUGAUUACCAAAAACACAACGAGUCCCCAUAAGGAGAAUGUCGAGGACACGCCUCUGGAGGAAAUAAAUAUCAAUCUGCAGAACUUAGGGGCUUUAUCCUCAUCAUCACAUCGUCCUUAUUCUUUUCGUCUGAAAAUUCUUUCAGUGAUUUUCGUAAUAGUUUUGACAGUAUUUUAGGAUUACAUAGAGUGACUUACGCGGAGGAAAGAUUUCACGGAAAUCUUAGGCAUUAACUUUAAUUUAAUACUAAUUAUGAAUUAUCAUUUCGGCUUUCGCAAAGUUCUUUCUCCGCGUAUGAUUACAACAAAUUCGUGUGAUAUUUUUUUAUGUACUUAAUGAUAAUAUUUUAGCGUAUAGGAUUUCAAGCGAAAUUAUCAAUGCAAUUAAUCGAUUAAAUAGAAAUUGCACAAUUAAUUCUUGCUCAUGAAAAUUAAACUUUAGGUGAAGAAAAGUGGAAUUUUCGCAAACUACUGAUAUUUUUUAAGGAUUUACUUCCGGUAAGUUAAUAAUAAAGUCAUUGACAAAAGAGCGGAUCAAACAUUUCUGAAUUUACCGUAAGGGUAGAUCGAAGAGUUCUGGUAAAUGCCACGAGAAUGCUCUGGCAUCAUCAGCUGUGAAUUUAAAUUGUAAAGAAUUAUUACAAUGUGUAGAAAAAAUAAA